AUGAUCAUGACUUUCUUCAUCUCACAAUGCACUGUUUUCCUGAAACAACAAAACGACGACUUAGAAACAACAGGGAAAUUGAUUGAAAAUAUUCCAAAUGAUGAUUCAUGGCACUUUUUGGCUUUAUCAUUCAAACAGAGCAAUGACAAUCUGGAACUCGUUUACUCUGUCGACGCAAACACAUUGGAACUGAUCAUUGUCAAGAAGUCGAGUUUCUGGAACAAAAAAGUCACUGUGGACAUCAGAUACAACAAAACAGAGAGCAAAGGCGAAUACAGCUUGAAAAUUGCGAACUUCCACUUGAUGCCGCCUUUCAACAAGGAAUUGCUCGAGAACAUUUACGAUUUCGGAGUCACGAAAACAGAUGAUUUUCCACUGAAACCAAUUUUGGAAGUUACAGAGUUCGAAGAUUUGAAUCAGAAGAAAACAAACUCGUUUUUGGACAUUUUCGUGAGAAAUCUCGGUUGCCAGAGUUUGAUGCCACUACUUUUGUACAACAAGAUGAUCUACAAAGACAAGAAAGGAGAAUAUCCAGUGAUUUUCGACACAGCAAUUCAAGUUAUUUCAGGAGUUUUGCAUCACUCGAUUGAGAGCGAAAACAUGUUUGUGGAAAACGACGGAAUACCAAUCUUGUACAAUCUGUUGUCUAAGGUGUGGAUCAACACAAUAACAGUCAAGAACUACAACUCUCUUUUCAAUUUGUUUUGUGAUUUACAAACAGAAAACUUGAAAAAUUUGUUUUUCGAGACAAUUUUAGUCAAUUUCGACUUCUUGAGCAAAAUCAGCAAAGACACGCAGUUGCAGAUAUACAGGCAGUGGGAGAUUAACUUCAUUGCCAUCUCGUUCGACUACUUCUCCAAGUUCUGCAACAUGAAACUGAUUUUUGCUUCGAUUUUGCAAUAUUUUUCCGAAAAACAGAAAAUCAGAAAAAUUUUGUUGAAUAUCUGCGAAUCUUUUUAUUUCAAAGAUUUGAAACAGUUCGACACGUUGUGUUCUACUAUUCUACACGGCGAAGACAAGUUUGGUUUGAUAUCUGAUUUGUUGAACUUAGUUUCUAAUUUUGUUUCUUUGAAAUACGACGAAAACAUCAUUUACUUGCCAAGUUUCAGAUACAUUCUUCUUUAUUCACUGAAAUUCGAACAAGUUCAAUCGAAAGUUUUUUCGAUUUUGUUUUUGCUGAAUGAAGAAUUUAUAGAGAAAUUCACGCUGAAUAUCAUUUCUCAGAAGAUCGAAAUCUCCCAGGAAAACAAGAGUAUGAUCUUGGACAAGUUCGAGCCGAAGUUACUUCCUUUGUUUAUUUUCUUGUUCGAAAACAAUUUCACGAUUUUCAAAAAUUUGUUUUCGGUUUUUUUGAAAAAAUUUGAAUUCAAAAAUUGUGAAAAGUGGUUUUUGUAUUUGAUUGCGAAUACAAAUAUUUAG